UUGGAGUGAAGCGAAUGGAGUGGCUACUCCCAACUGGUGCCUCUUUAACUGUAGUCGGCAAGGCUGUGAAAGAUGAUAGCGGGGAAGUUUGGAUUGAGUGUCCACAUGAUGGACCUUUUUAUGUUGCUCCAAUGACCUUUGAUGAACUCGUCGAGCAUGUGCAAAAGAACGUAAGGGGGAUCUCAGUUUUUAUGAAGUCUGCUGCUACGGUUGUCUUGUUGCUCAUAACCGUGGACUGGGUUCGAACAGGGUUAUCUUAUUCAUGAUCAUCGACCGGGGGGAUGCGCUUGCCCUUGGCUAAUUUUUAUCUGAAACGUUUAAUUUUGUUUAGGCUUUGAUGAUGAUUAAUGUAUUUACCUGUUGGAGUACUUCUUAACCAUCCCUUGUUCUAGAGGAAUGUAAAGUGAAAAUAAUUUG